AUGGCUUAUUAUGCUUUCUUAUCUGCCAUGGAUAAUCUAAAGAGGUUUCUGCGUUCAUCAGAUUAUUUCAACCUUUCUCCGGAAAUAGUAUCCAUCUAUGGCGAGCUUGAUUCGAUGAGAUAUCUUCUCAGUAAUUACAAUAGAAUGAAGGGCAGGAAGCUGAGGGUGAAUCCUUUGUUGGAACAACAAAUCGAGGACUUAGCAGAAGAAUUUGCAGAUCUGAUCGAACCUUUCUUACAAACAGCUGCAUCAGAUAAUGAAGAUGAAGAUGAAGUAGAUGAAGAUUCAGAUCCGAUGGAAUAUUUCUUACAGCAAUCAUAUGAAGUUAAAAAUCCCAACACACUCUCCCCCGAAUCGAUGGAUCUUCUUCGACAGCUCAUUUCCUUGCUCGAAAAGUUCUCCUUGGAGGUACAGAACAUGAAAGAAGAGAAGAUUACAGACGAUGGUAUGGUUGUUUCAUCAAGAAUGAUCUGUCGAUGUGAGUGUGAGCCUGUGGGGUUGGAGGAGGAGAUAAGGCUACUCAUGGAUUGGGUCGUUGGAGGUCCUGAAGAGCUCCUGACAAUGGCGGUUGUCGGGAUGGCUGGUAUUGGUAAGACUACUUUGGUCGAACAAGUUUACAACCAUCCAUCUAUUCAAUCCAUUUUCGACACUAAAAUCAUGAUUCUUGUCGGUCCCAACUUUGUCGAGAAUGAAUUUUUACAACUUCUUGUAGACCAUAUAGAAGGCGAGGGUAAGCACAAAAAGUUUACCAAUAUGCAAGAAUUACGAAUGCAUCUUCGAGGACUUAUGGGGAUUCGGAGGUAUCUAAUAGUUUUAGAAGAUGUGUGGAGUACAAGAACUUGGUUCUCCGUAGAUAAUUAUUUUCCAACGGGAUGUAAGAAAAGUCGAAUCAUCUUGACUUCUAGGAUGUUAGAUAUGACCUAUAGCGUGCGCUUUCAGAGAAAAUGUUUCUUGGAUGAAGAUGAUAGUUGGAAACUAUUACAUAGAAUUGUGUUCACAAGUUCCGAAGAAUCUUGCAGCUUCAAACUUGAGAAAAUUGGGAAGAAAAUUGCCAAGAAUUGCGAAGGACUUCCUCUAGCUAUUGUUUCCAUUGGCCGUCUUUUGCGCAAUGUUGAGAAGACGGUGGAAUAUUGGAAGAAAGUUUCGGAGGAUGGGAAUCCUCUUGGUAUUGGGGUCGACGACAACUCAUACAUAACAAGAUCGCUUCUCUUGAGCUACGACAUGUUGCAUCACUAUCAAAAAUUAUGCUUUCUCUACGCGGGAGUGUUCCCACAGAGUUUCGUGAUCUUUGCCUCUGAACUCAUUCGAUUAUGGGGAAUGGAGGGAUUCAAUUGCGCGUAUCGAUAUGAUUCUUGUUGGGUAUUGAACGAACUUAUCUCAGCAAGUGUUGUUUUGGUUCAAGAAUAUAGUUCCACAACUUGGACACCCAAAAUAUGUCGAGUUCAUUAUGUCUUUCGAAACUUAUGCAUUAGUAUAGCCGAGAAGGAGAAGUUUUGCCAUGUCCUAAAUAAAUAUACGUAUUGUUUUCCUCGGGGAACAAAUCAUCAGCCGCGGCUGUGCACCCACAACAAUGUUAUGCUCGCCAUUGAGGAAGUGCGCGCCACAAUGGAGUCGAUUUCUUCCAUACGGUCUCUUCUCUGUUUAGGUCCGUAUCGUCCAUAUCCCAUGCGGAUACACUUGAGCUUUACGUUGUUGAAGAUAUUAAAUGCACCUAAUAUCCGCUUCUACACAUUCCCCUACCAAAUACUAAAUUUAGUUCGGUUGAAGUACAUCACCAUCACAUAUAACGGAGAAAUCCCGAAGUCUAUUUCAAAACUUCAAAAACUUCAAGUUUUGAUCGUGGAUCGACAUGUAAUUAUAAAAUCCUUGGAGGAUGUUUGUUAUCUACCUGUGGAGAUCUGGAAUUUGAAGCAGCUACGGCAUUUACAAUGCUCGGGAUUUGACCUACCGGAUCCUUGUACUGAUCAAACCUUCCUACUACACCUCAAAACAUUGUCGGGUGUGAGUGCACGCAGUUGUACCAGGGGAGUUCUUGCAAGAUUGCCAAAGCUAAAGAAGUUAGGAAUCCAUAUUGUCCUAGGACAGAAUGAAAAGGAAAACUUCAGUUUUUUCGGUGACAUUGCCGACAUGAACCUUGAUCUUUCUUCAUUAAAAUGCGUUGUAUGGGGUUUCCACACUCAAGUUAUUUCAGAAUUCCGGACUUUUCCCUCUUCCUGUAAAAAGAUAGCAUUGAGUGGUUGCAGAUUACCAUGGAAGUGUAUGAAAGUUUUUCGCGGGGCUCUUCACAUACUAAAACUGCGACGCAAUGCCUUCUGUGGACCCAUGUGGGAACCCGUUCUUGGGGAUUUUCUUAAUCUUGAAUACCUGCUGCUGGAAGACUUGGACAUGGAGGUGUGGGGAGCCAACUCUCGCCAUUUCCCCACACUGAAACACCUGAUCAUCAGACACUGCUACAAAUUGCGAGAGAUUCCUAUCGAUUUUGGGAACAUCAGAAGCCUCAGAACGAUAGAGGUGGAAGAUUGCCGUCCAUCAGUUGGCACAUCGGCUAAAAAAAUACAGAAGAAUCACCAAGAGCAAUUCGUAAAUAAGCAUCUCCAUGUUCACAUCCAUUCCUCAUGGGACGACAAAAAGAACUAA